AUGGCAAAGCAGGAGGGGACUGGUGCACAGCAGCAGCAGCUCCACAAGCACCAGGCGCUGGGCUGCCCCGAUGGUGGCACCCCCAAGAGAACAUCAUCGGGCAGUGAAGCCACCGUGACCACCGAGUCCUCAGUGGGGCUGGGGGACCAACAAGGGCGGAAGGCAAAGCUCAGCCAGCGCGUCCAGGAGCUGCGCACCGUCAUCUCCUUGCAAGAGCAAGGGAGGAAGUUUUUCACGCUGUCAUGUGAGGAGAAGCUCAAUCGGAACAGAGAGCUGCUCCCCUGCCUGCGCGAGGUGGUGCAUGAGGACCUCCAUGCCCUGAACAGUGUCCAGAAGAACAAGCAGCUCACCAUCCCUCAGGCUUGUGGAGCGCAGGAUGUGAACAUCGGUUUGGCCAGGAAGAUGGUGGAGGUGGCCCAGGAGAAGCUCCAGGCUGAGUUCUAUGACCAGGUGAAGAAGUGCAACCUGCUGCUGUACCAGCUGCGGCUUUUUCGGGGGGGCCGAUCGCGGGACGAGCUGCAGCAGCGGCUGCAGCAGCUGCAGGAUGCUGAGGUGGAAGACAAGCAGCUCUGGGUGCAGGUGCAGACAAUUCGCCAGCUGGAGAACAACAUUGAGAAGAUGAUCACGAAGGUCCACGCUGGACAGAAGGUGACCACCCUGUACCUGGUGGUGCGGGAUGCCCUGAGGGAGGAGCUGAUCCACCUGCCUCUGCACCUGGACCUCCUAUGUGGGAUGGCCAAGCUAUACCAUGAGGAGCUGGAAGAUGUGGAGAUCAUGGCCUUGGACGCUGUCAAAGCUGCUGAUAUAGUCAAGAAAGACAUGGCUAAGAUUGAAAACCAGUUCCUCGUGGAGAGAGAGUUCAGGUACCACUCCCUGGCCGCCCAGAAGGUCCACAUCGACCGGCGCUGGCUCAAGGAAGCGAGUGAGAAGCAUCUGCGAGCGCAAGACAGGUAUGAGCUCACCGAGGACUUCCCACCCCUGCACCCACAGGACUCGCUGGGAGGCACCGAGCUGGAUGCUGCCAAAUCCCAGAUGGAGCACAAGGCCCAAGUGACCGAGAAGAUGGAGAAGGCCAAGGCCGCGGUGCAGUGCUCCUGCAUCUGGGACAUCCCCGGCAGGCUCCUGGCACAUCAGAGAUCUUUGGUAGACCUGGAGCAGUAUGUCAAGGAGCGCAAGGAGAAGAAGGAGAGGCUGAAGGAGAUGCUGAAGGAACUGGAGCUGGAGCAGGCUGAGCUGAAGUUUCGCUGGCGCCCCAACACAAACAGUUGUAUGGAUGUGAAUGUGGUUGGCUCCAGGAUUCUGGAGGAGGAGCUGAGGAUGAACCUGCAGAGGGAAGAGGCUCGGAGGGAGCAGAUGCGAUCCCAGAUGCUGAGGAACCAGGAACUCGUGCUUGAGUUUGAAAACGGCAUCAACAACCUCUUUGUCCGUCUGCAUGGCAUCACCAUACCUGGCCAGCAUGAUUCUGUCAAGGCCAGGACGAUGGAGGAGAAGCUCCAGCACUGUCAGCAGAAGCUGCAGUACCUGAUGCAGCGGAUGACCGACCUGCCCCCCGACUGGCACAGCCCUGAUGAGGACAACAAGACUUUUGUGAAGGUCAGAAACUUUCUGGAGAAAACAACCAUGAAUGAUCCGCAGAACCUGAAGAUUUCCUUGGAGGACGUAGGCAGUAGGGUCCAAGACCCCUUUGAUUUUGCUGACAAAGACUAUGGCGUUGUCCUCACCCGGGAAGACAUCAAGAAGCAGGGGCUGCACCUGAUUGAGAGCAAGAAGAAAAGUGCCAAGAAGAAGUAG